AUGGACAAGUUCCUGCUGUUGCUCCUGCUGCUGGGGGUUUUCCCUCUUGUGAUCUUCCGAGCUCAAGCCACAGUGUGCAUGGUCUGCAACCUUUUUAAGAGAGGCUAUUGUUUAACAGGCAAGGGUAACUGCACUAUGAAGCAGGGACCCGGAUGCAGAACCAGGAAUUUCUUCAUUUUCACUGAGAGAGAUGGCUGGUUGUACAAUCACACCGAAUUGGACUGUUCACAUUAUUGUACGGCUACACAUAUGUAUUAUCUGUCCCUGAAGAUAUCUACCUAUUGCUGUAAAGGCCAAGAUUUCUGUAAUAGAGAUCAAGGAAAAAUAGUGAAGUAG